AUGCCGGUUCCCCGUCGUCGGCUCGGUCACACCUCCCGCCUCUCGUCAUCAGCGCUCCCCUUCAUCCCUUCCCAGCACCGCAUCAACUUUGCCAACAUGGCCAAGAAGCAGCUGCGCAAGUCCGAGUGGGAGAGGCAGCUCAACGCCAUCCCCGUCUCCAAGGAGGACCUCAACCGGCUCAUCAUGGACUACCUCGUCAUCGAGGGCUACAAGGACGCCGCCGAGAGCUUCUCCGUCGAGUCCGGCCUGAGCCCGCUCGUCGACCUAGAGAGCAUCGAGAAUCGCAUGGUCAUUCGUGGCGCCAUCCACCGCGGAGACGUCGAGGAAGCCAUCGGACGGGUCAACGAGCUCGAUCCAGAGAUCCUCGACAACAACCCUCUGCUCUUCUUCCAUCUACAGCAGCAGAGGCUCAUUGAGCUGAUCCGAGCCGGCUCGAUCAACGAGGCUCUGGAGUUCGCCUCUGAGAACCUCGCCCCUCGCGGCGAAGAGCAUCCGGAUCUCCUGCCCGAGCUCGAGAGGACCAUGGCCCUGCUGGCCUUUGACAUCACAAAGGCGGGCGCCCCCGCUGCCGGUUCCCUGGCCGCCCCACCUCACAUCGCGGAGCUCCUCGCUCCCUCGCAGAGGCUCAAGACGGCCGCCGAGCUCAACGCCGCGAUCCUCGCCUCGCAAAGCCAGGGCCGAGACCCCAAGCUGCCGCAGCUCAUCAAGAUGCUCAAGUACGGCGAGGAGCUGCUGGGCAUGGAGGGCCCGGGCAAGUGGGAGUUUCCCAAGCUCGACCUCGAGGGCCCGCUCACCGUAUCGACCGCCACAUCGAGCUACGACACCAGCACGGCCCGGCGCGGCGGCGCCAUGGCCGUCUGA